UGGCCAUGGCAGGUGAGCAUCCUAUUCCUGGGCAUGAACAUCUGCAGCGGCUCCCUCAUCCACCGCCAGUGGGUCCUUACAGCUGCACACUGCUUACAGAGAUCCAAGGACCCCUUGUCAUACUCCGUGAAGAUGGGAGUUCAGAGCCUCUCAGAAAAUGGUACCGAACUUCCAGUCAUUCGCGUCGUGAUUCAUGAGGAUUUCACUAACCUGUCCCAGGAUCUUGCCCUCCUGAAGCUCAGGGACUCUGUCUCCUGGUCCCCACUCAUCCAGCCUGUCUGUCUACCUAACCCCAAACUCAAGCCAUCUUUUGGAUCCCUGUGCUGGAUGAUCGGGUGGGGAAAAAUGGAUAUUCACGUGAACCCACAGUCCCCCUACAGCCUUCAGGAGGUGGCUGUCAAGAUCAUAAAUAAUGAUAUCUGCAAUCAACAGUACAAGUUCCUCUUCUUGACAGACCAGAAGAAGUUGCUUGGGAGUGACAUGAUCUGUGCCACCUCAUACUUGGGCAUGGACACCUGUCAGAGUAACUCUGGCAAUUCUCUGGUCUGCCAAAUGAACAACACCUGGAUUCAGAUGGGGGUGGUGAGCUGGAGCUUUAGCUGCAACCAGCGCCACUUCCCGGGUGUCUACACCAGCACCUCCUACUUCACUGACUGGAUGAAGAAGCAGAUUGGUGAUGUGAGGUUUGUCAGCAGGGCCGGGCCUGCCUGCCUCAGCCCGGUCUUCCUCACUAGCUCCAUCCUGCUGGUCUCCUUGGGCUGCCUGUGGCUCCUGUGAGUGAUGUUUCCUGAGCCGUCCCUCCCAGAAGCAGCUGCUUCCUCCCCUCUGUCUGUCCUGCGGAGAAGUGGAGACUGGAGGAGCACAGGGCAUCAGGGCAAGUCCAUGGGGGAGGGUCCCAGAGCCACUGUUCUUUCAAUUGUUCAAUGAAGAUGUUCUUGAACUUUG